UCCUAGACCUCUGUCUGAUCUUGUCAACUUUAAUACCUUCACGCUUCCAAUUGUCUGCGAAAGUUCUAAAAUCGUACCGACUGAACUUACUCAUAGUGGCCUAUUUGGAAUGAUUUUGACUUCAAUUGAGCAACUUUAAUUUCAAUAGAGAAGCGCCUUGACCUCUUUUGAGAGGUCACCGAGCAUCUCUUCGUCCCUUCGUCCUUUUUAUUCGUCCCCCACCGCGUUCUUUUCUCCUACACUUUCACUCACCAUCCUUACUCACCAUUCAACCACUGAUCUUCGAGUCUUUUUCACCAUGUCAUCAAUCAACGUCAAGCCGACGCUCAAAAUCGACACGGCUCAAAGUAUGCCGCCGCCAUCGGAGAAUCCGCGACCAAUUCUUAAGUUGAAUACUGGAUCGCGACAAUCUUCCUUUAGCGGCGACGUCGGAACACCUACACCCUCCGGAGAGAAUCGCAAGAUUAAAAUCAAGCUUAGCAGCCAACCUAGCACACCGGCUCCGGCGUCUGCUGCCCCGACCCCUGGAGGCACCAAGUCUAAAGCCGGUAGAAUGUCGAAACCAACAGCCAAAGUAAUCGAAUCGAAGAAGCGCCACUACGACAGCGAUGAAGACCAACCCUUAUCAGUCUCUCGCCAGGAAUCGAAGCGACCUAGCAAAGCCAUAAAGCUCAAGACUCCAGGCACACCCAUCGGCCCGCAUAAGAAUCCGGGUACACCUAUUAGCUCUAUUAAGUUUAAGCCGAGAGGUGAGCCUAUUGAGCACUUACCUGGCGAGGCGUACGAUUCCGAGGCGAGCGACCGAGAGACCGACCCUGUCCGCGAACACACUUUCAUUUUACGCGUUAUGCCCGGCGAACCAACGGAAUUCCUUAGGAAGGCAUUGGCCGACGGUAUCGUUGGCCUUACUAAACAGAACGGAGGUGCGGAUUUUGGCGUCCAAUUUCUCGACUCGAAGCAACGUCGCGCAAUGGUAACUAUUGAUGGUCGUCACUACGCAGCUGUUCUCGUUCAUCUACCCACUAUUACCGAAGCAAUGAAGACCUGGGACCGUAAAAAUAUGAUGAAAAACUCCGAUGUUUCUGAGAUGCUUCUUUGUUUCGCAGAGGUUAAAAAUGAGAACGAGGCAAAGACAAUCGCACUUCCGCACAUGGUCACCAAGGACGACUUCAAGUGGCCCCAUGGUCUUACCCCCCCGAUGCAUGACGCUGUUCAUCGACGCUUUAGAAAGACGAUUUCAGAGAAGCAAUGGCAAAGCAGCGCGGCACAGGUCACGAAGCUACUUGAAGAUGAUGCGGCUGCGCUUGAAUCAACCGUUGAUUUCCUACAAGACGAGGACGGCUUUGCAGAUACUGAGGAGGAAGAGGAAGACGCUGAAGGUGAAGCCGAUGAUUACUUUGGAGAUCAGAUGGAUGCCCAGGUGGAGGAUGUGGAGGAUGCCGAGGAUGAUGCCGAGGUAUUGGCUGCCAUGGAGGCAGAGCUCGCUGAGGAAGGACCGCAACAGGAGGAAUCUGUCGCUGCCGCCACGCCGGCUGUGCAGACGGAGGCACCAACCCCUAUGGCUGUUGAUGCCAAUACCCCCGCGCCUGCAGCGGAAGAGGUCGUGUCCGAAGAAGAUGAGGAUGAGGAAGAGGAAGAUGACGACGAUGACGAGGAAGAGGAGGAUGUUGACGAGGAACAACUCGUGGCCGAGCGAGAACGUAAAGAGAAGCUUGAUGAGAUCGAGCAUCUUCAACGAUCACUUGACGAUACCCUUCGUCAAAUGUCUGAGGUUACAGCACCUAUCCUAAAGAAACGUAUAAUCAGUACGAAGGAGAACUUAGAGAAGGAGAUUGCGGUCAAGAAAGCCGCAUUGGGUUUGGUUGAUGAGGAUUAAGGACGCAUCCACAUAGCGUGAGACAGGAAUCAAGGGGCACAAGUCAUAAGCGGAAAUCAUACCGGCCUUGGAGUUUGGAGUUUGCUUUUGCAACUAUUACGGCAUUUUUAUCGCGCCUCCCUCGCGAAAACUGCGAGCGGUAUGGAGGCCGUUGGACGAGGAUUGGUGAUGAUACCCCAAUAGAAUAUAGCGAGACUUGAAAAUAAAUUGCUGAAAAAUGAUGUUAUCUGUUGGUUAUUGCGUUUAUGCAGAUUAAUGAUGAUAUUUACGGCUUUUAAUGUGAUA